CCAAGUGCUACGUUGUCGCUACAACGGCGCGGACAAUGUGUGUGCGUGUGUGUGGGAAAAACGUUUUUGAAAAAUUACCAACAAAAAAGUUCACUUUAUAUCUAAAGUUAUAGGAUAAAAAGAAAUAUGCAAAAAGAGAAUUAAAUUCAUGAAGCCCCAUAAACUUUGUGGAAAAAAUGUGAAAAUGUGAAUUUAUUUUGCGUUGUCUGCGCAAAAACGCCUAAAAGUAGACCAGUCCCAGGAGUGACGGAAAAAAUAAAUUAAAUUGGAAACGUGUAUUCAACGAAAGGAAAGAUUUGCGAAAAUCGCAACGGUAAAGGUGAUGAAAAGUGAAAUUUUUAAAGAAAAGCGAAAUUAUUGUGUAAUGACAUUGAGUGUGGCGAGUGGCGAGCGAGUCACGACGACGACAACGGCAACAACGACGACCACGACUACAAAGACGGCGACGCGACAAUUGCAAGGAGCAAGUAACAGUCGGAGUAGAAGCAGCAGGUCUACAGAAAAGCAAAAGCGCUGAAGUAGAAGGACUUUCGAAACACUGAAUUCAUUUCAAAACAACUGGCACUCACCCACACAGAGGAGGCCGUAAAGCAACAAAAGCUUGAAUAUUUCAAUGGAUGCGCCAUAGCAGCUGCAACAGGCGAAAUUUUCGCAAAACAAAGUGAAAUGGAACUAAAAAGAUUAACGCAUUUUUUAGUCCGUUUCAGUGCAAUUGUGAAUAUAUGUGUGUGCUUGUGUGCGCGAAAGUGAUUAUGUAUGCGUGUGACACCAGUGCGAAUAACGUGCAACACGUUUGCUCGCAAAAAGCAAAUGAGAAGAAAAAUAAAUAAAUGCAAGUGGAGUGUGUGUUAAAAGUAAAGGAAUUUUUAUUGCAGCGCCGCAAUGUAUGCAAUGAAAAAGUGUAAGCGAUAAAGUGUUCAAUAUUUAUACCAUUUGUUACUGUCGAUAUUUACUGGCGAGUGCAAUGAAUUUGUGAAGCAAUUAACAUCAAUGUGGGAAAUAAAAAAAUUACAACAAAAAGUGGUGAGAAAUGUAAGCGAAGUGUUUAAUUGAAAAGUGUGAGUUGACAGUGCCGAGUUGGAAACAAAUUAGCACUUUUCCAUUUGCAGAAUGUACUACCAAAGAGCAAAUGGAAAAAAUAAAAGAAUAAGGGCAGAGCGGAAUACUUCUACAGAUGGAGAUGCUAACGGCAAACAUUUUUAUAUUCCAUAAAAUUAGAUCACGCCUAGAGAAAAAAAGGGAGAGCAAGAGUUAGAAAAAUGCGAAACAUCAGUAGAGUCAAUAAAUAUAAGAAUCUUUAAUAAUAAUUAAUUAAACCCUGAGACUCUAUGUUCCACCUAGAAACCACAGGGAAAAUAUAUUUAUAUAAUUACACUUCAUAAAUAAACUUUCUUCAAUCUUUCGAGGCUAUUUUGCUCAGAGAGGCCAUCAAAAUAAAAAGAAAACACGAAGUACAAAACAACGCAUAUUUAUUGAAAUAGUAAAUGAUAGGCCUAAAGUGUCUAGAAACCGCAAAACAAAAGGAAAAAUGUCUAACCUUUCGUUUAAAAUUAAUUUUAAAUGAUUCCGAACCAGCAGAAAUAUGUGUAAAAGUGCAAAAAAAAACGCCCGCUAUUCAAAAUUGUUGCCACCUAAAACAAAAGAAGGCGUAAGCUUUACGCUCGUUAGCUACGCCAACUUAUCGCUGUUUCUUAACUGAAAUCCAUCAACGCUGUGAAACGGAAGUGAAAACUGGCUGAAGCAAAAACUUACCAGGCAUUAAAAAACAAAAAAAGUAAUAAAUAAAAAAUCUAAAUCGCAUAAUUUAUCAUGUUUUAUUACCAGCUCAUCGCGCCACUCCGCUGCCACUGUACUCGCUCACUUGAAAAAACCUAUGAAGCACGUGCGCGGCUGUAAAAAAAUCCUUCUCGCGCGUCGUCUUUCAUUGCCUUUACUUAAGACCACCAAUAUCAGUGUUAACACGCCAUUGAUAAAUAACCGAAAACAGUCGUUGUUGCUGUUGUCACCGUCAACAUUCGCCAAAGCCUGUGAGUCAACACUGUGCUGUCGAUUUCCUGUUUUUGAAAUUUCAUAAUUUUUUGUUGUUCUUCUUAAGCUUGGAUAAGCAAACAACGCAAGCAAAAUGCCGGGUGGACGUCGAGGACUUGUUGCGCCGCAGAACACAUUCCUGGAAAACAUCAUCCGGCGCUCGAACUCACAACCGGACAGCUCAUUUCUAUUGGCCAACGCACAGAUUGUGGAUUUUCCGAUUGUCUACUGCAAUGAGUCCUUUUGCAAGAUUAGUGGCUACAAUCGGGCUGAGGUCAUGCAGAAGUCGUGCAGGUGCGGCUUCAUGUAUGGCGAGCUGACAGACAAGGAAACGGUGGCGCGCCUGGAGUUCACGUUGGAGAAUCAGCAACAAGAUCAAUUCGAAAUUUUACUCUACAAAAAGAACAGUGCUCAAUGCGGUUGUGGGAUGAAGCAAUACGCAAAGCCGCACGCAAGUACAAAGCGGCCGGUUGACUCAAAGCUGCAGCAGCUAAUGAAGAAUGGCAAAAUAGAAACCCCACUAUGGCUGCUGCUACAGGUUGCGCCCAUACGCAACGAAAGGGAUUUGGUUGUGUUAUUUUUGCUAACAUUUCGGGACAUCACCGCACUGAAGCAGCCAAUCGACAGCGAAGACACAAAGGGUGUUUUAGGUUUAUCGAAAUUCGCCAAACUGGCGCGUUCGGUGACACGCAGCCGUCAAUUCAGCGCACAUCUGCCAACACUGAAAGAUCCAACGAAGCAAUCGAAUUUGGCGCAUAUGAUGUCACUUAGCGCCGAUAUUAUGCCGCAGUACAGACAAGAAGCGCCUAAAACGCCGCCACACAUUCUUUUGCAUUAUUGUGCAUUUAAAGCAAUUUGGGAUUGGGUGAUAUUGUGUUUAACAUUUUAUACCGCCAUUAUGGUGCCGUACAAUGUAGCUUUUAAAAAUAAAACUUCAGAAGACGUUUCACUACUCGUUGUCGAUUCCAUUGUAGAUGUUAUAUUCUUUAUAGAUAUCGUUUUAAAUUUCCAUACAACAUUCGUCGGCCCCGGCGGUGAGGUCGUCAGCGACCCCAAAGUGAUACGCAUGAACUACCUAAAGUCCUGGUUCAUCAUCGACCUACUCAGUUGCCUGCCAUACGAUGUCUUCAACGCCUUCGAUCGUGACGAGGACGGCAUUGGUUCGCUGUUCAGCGCGCUAAAAGUUGUACGUCUGCUGCGACUGGGGCGUGUUGUGCGCAAGUUGGACCGCUAUCUGGAAUAUGGCGCCGCCAUGCUCAUCCUGCUGCUCUGCUUCUACAUGCUGGUGGCGCACUGGCUGGCCUGCAUCUGGUACUCGAUCGGGCGCAGCGAUGCUGACAAUGGAAUACAGUACAGUUGGCUGUGGAAGCUGGCGAAUGUGACACAAUCGCCGUACUCGUACAUCUGGAGCAACGACACCGGACCGGAAUUGAUAAAUGGUCCGUCGCGCAAGAGUAUGUAUGUGACGGCGCUGUACUUCACCAUGACCUGCAUGACAUCGGUGGGCUUUGGCAAUGUGGCCGCCGAGACGGACAACGAGAAGGUGUUCACCAUCUGCAUGAUGAUUAUUGCAGCGCUGCUGUAUGCGACGAUUUUCGGUCACGUGACGACCAUCAUCCAGCAGAUGACCUCAGCGACAGCAAAGUACCACGAUAUGCUAAACAACGUGCGCGAGUUCAUGAAGCUGCACGAGGUGCCGAAGGCGCUCAGCGAACGCGUUAUGGAUUAUGUGGUCUCCACAUGGGCCAUGACAAAAGGCUUGGACACCGAAAAGGUACUAAACUAUUGUCCGAAAGAUAUGAAGGCUGACAUUUGUGUUCAUCUAAAUCGCAAAGUAUUUAACGAGCAUCCAGCGUUUCGUCUUGCCUCGGAUGGUUGUCUGCGCGCGCUCGCCAUGCACUUCAUGAUGUCCCACUCGGCACCCGGUGAUCUGCUCUAUCAUACCGGCGAGAGCAUCGACAGCUUGUGCUUCAUUGUGACCGGCAGUUUGGAGGUGAUACAGGACGAUGAGGUUGUGGCAAUAUUGGGUAAGGGCGACGUCUUCGGCGAUCAAUUCUGGAAGGAUUCGGCCGUUGGCCAAAGCGCAGCUAAUGUGCGCGCCCUAACCUACUGUGAUUUGCAUGCCAUCAAGCGUGAUAAAUUGCUCGAAGUCCUCGAUUUCUAUUCGGCAUUUGCGAAUAGCUUUGCACGCAAUCUGGUGCUCACCUACAAUUUAAGACAUCGACUGAUUUUUCGCAAGGUGGCCGAUGUGAAGCGCGAGAAAGAAUUGGCCGAACGGCGUAAAAACGAACCUCAAUUGCCUCAAAAUCAAGACCAUUUGGUGCGUAAGAUAUUCUCGAAAUUCCGUCGUACGCCACAGGUGCAGACCGGCUCCAAAGAGGCGGUGUCGGGUCAAAGUGAUGUGGAGAAAGGUGAUGUUGAAGCGGAUCGCACCAAGAAGUUGCCUGCUAAAUUAACCCUCACCGAGGAUUCACGCAUCCUAACAACAGCUGCCGCACCCUCUCCAACGCCAUCACCCUCGCCCUCAUCGGGUCCACCAUCUGCGCGUAGUACGCGUGCUAGUAAAUGGGGGCGCCUUCUGGGCAGUUCAAGUGUCGAUUCGGCUAGCGAUACCAGCGCCAAGGUAGCAGUCUCGAGAAGUUUGAGCGCCCGCGAAAGUCUGCGUGAGAGCACUGCCCAAGCGCGGCAGAGCAGUACUUCGAGUAGUAAUGGUGGACAAGGCAAUAAAAGCGCGGAAUCUUUAGACACCAGUAUUCGAAAAAUAGAAUUUAAGGAUAUUAUGGCAACGCCAACGGCAGCAGCAGCUAAGCGCGUCAAGAGCCUGGAGUCGCUCACUACGGCGACCGGACACAACUCGUGGGUGGAGCGCAAGUGGCGACGCAUACGCAUACUGGAUGUUUUUCCUAAAGCUCCUAAACUACAGGCUAGCCAAGCGGCGCUCGCGCGCCAAGACACUAUCGACGAGGGCGGCGAGAUCGAUGCCUCACCUCCCAGUCGCGAGACAAGGCUUAUAGGCGAGGUUGGUUCUGCAGCAGCAGCAGCAGCGGCGGCACUGGCAGCCAAAGAACGCAAUCUGGCAUUGGAGCGUGAGAGACAAAUCGAGAUGGCUUCGUCCCGUGCCACCACAUCUGACACCUAUGACACAGGACUGCGCGAGCAGCCGCCGACGAUGGCGCAACGCGAUUUGAUAGCCACCAUGUUGGAUUUGAAGGUAGAUGUGCGCCUGGAGAUGCAGCGUAUGCAGCAGCGUAUUGGACGUAUCGAGGACAUGUUAGGUGAGUUGAUGAAACGUUUGCCAACACAGGACUCUUCGGGUCAAACGACGCCAGGCGAUGAACUGGGACCGGGGGGUGGUAGCGCGGGUGGCGCUGGCGGCAGUGGCACUACAGGUAGCAGCAGCGGAGUUGGUAGUGGUGGUGGAACGCUGACUGCCCGCAUUGGUGUAGUAGAUGGCGGUGGGGGUGGCGGAAGCGGCGGCACGCACUCGACCGCGGUCACUCCAGCUGCAGACACUGUGAUAACAAUUUCUACGGUGCCGCCCACGCCACCCAUUAGCACAACCGCCGGUGCGGGAGUGAUGGCACAGCUCGGUAGUAUAGGUGGUGGCAGCGCAGGAGGCGUUGGUGUGCCUACAACUACGACGUCCGCAGCUGUGGCAACGGUGGCGGUAGGCGCAGGCUCCAAGCCCAUUCCACAAACACUCAGCCUACUCAGCCCAGCACAGAUGGGAUCAGCGGCGACAACAGGCGGUAAUGGAUUGGGACCGCUGAUGCUGAAGAAACGGCGUUCGAAGAGCAGGAAGGCACCAGCGCCUCCCAAGCAGCCAUCACACGUGCAGAGUCCAGAACAGCAGCGUUUGCUGGAGGAUGAACCCAUUGUAGCGGCAACGACGACGACGGUGGCGGCGACGACGGCAGCAACAACAGCUGCGGGGCCAGCGGUGACAACCCCAACAACCGCGACUUCGAGCAGCGCGGCCACUUCACCUACGGCAGCGGUACCUUCUUCGAUAGGUGGCAGCGGCGUCGGUGGCGGUAAUAACAGUGGUACGUCCAGCGGCAGCGGCAGUGGUGGCGGAGGCGGCGGCGGAGGACGUAACAAGCGUGAAUUUCUCUAGCCCAAAAUACUGGUGCGCCAUCAAUCAGACACUGGCAGCAGCUUCGAGCAGUAGUACGAGAGGUGAAGCCGGCUGCACAGAACGAUGGCGUACAAUGGAGAGGGGUGGGCGGAGAUUACUUCGAGUUCAUUUGCCACUGUUGCUUCUCUUUCCAGUUUAAUUUAGUGUAAGAGGUAGCAAAAAAAAAUUUUGGUAUUAAACAAUUUUUUGGUUUUAUUGAAGCUUUCGGAAGCUUACAUUUUACCAAAGAAAAGAGGGCAUAUUUCGAGCCUCUAGCAGAGUAAAUAUUUGUGAUAACCAACCAGAUAUUAUGACUAUGAAAAAAUUAAUAAAGAAAUUAUUAUUAGAAAAUGUAAACGCCAAUAGAAAUAUUUAAGAAGAACCAAGCAACACUAAAAUGCCGCUUACCAAAAAUUGUAAAUUUAAUUGUAAAUAUUACGAAGCGAGUCUCAGACGCUUGCUCUUUGAAGCUGUAUAGAUAAAUAAUACUCGUAAAUAGAUAUGUACUUGUCUGUAUGUUUUUGGUAGUCAUUUGGGGCAGACACCGGCGGACAUGCAUCCGAGUACAUAGAUAAGUAGCUACAUUCGAAUAAGUUCUACUCGUAGAUCGAUUGCAAUACAUUUAUAAGUACUUAGCUAGCUGAAUACCUUUGCCUUUGAAGGAAUUGAAAACCCACUGAUUUGCGACCCACAGAUUUUCUAUCGUUUACCCAAGAAAAAGAUCGCACGGCUUCACAUCUCAAAACAACUUGGCGAAAAGUACACCCCCAACGAUCUCAGCAAACUUAAGUGCUCCGUAAACAAAAACAAACUUAUCUUUCAAAGUGGUUGAACUCAGCCAAGUCAGAAUUGAAUAGUGAUGGGCUAGAUCUUGAAAAAAGAAAAUGAGUAGAAAAUUAGAAAAAGUCCCAUUAAGCUCAGUACAAUGUUUUCCAACCUAAGUUAAACAAAAACAAAGCAGAUAAACCGAACUGAUGUUUUAGCAAAUUCAAACAGCCAGAUCGUUAAAGAAGAGAUCAACCAACAAUCUGAGGCACAUUUUUGAAAUGCGGAGCAUUUUCACAGGAAGUCCGCAAUGGAUGCAGUUCACAUAGAAAUUAUUGUGCUCGAUUCUGUCUCGGAUUAGCAUUGCUGAAGCAAUUCUUCAGUGUUCUUUAUAGAAGCUAUUUGUUUUUGAGAAUCUCAAAAAGGUGCGUAAUCUUUGUUCAUCCAGGGUUGGCCAAGACGAUACCCUUCAAAUGGGCAGAUGCAUCUGACAGCUGUUAGUAAAUACCUGCCCUCAAACCUUCUUCUCGAUUCUUGAUAGCAGGAUGACAAGGAGAGCUAAUAAGCUUGAACGUGAACUUUCCCCUUAACUUGUGAAAACAGAACCCACAGGGCCAAAGGGAUAGGUAUGGAUUCUAAUAUGUACUCAAAUGCAUCGUCUGCCAUGUUAAACCCUGUCAGAUCACUUUGUUCCGGAAAGAAUUGCGUAUUGAUCAAAACCAAAUCCUUCAAACCUUUUGCUUCGAUAGUACCCAGGAAGGGUGAUCAGAGUUAGCAGAAUUUUGUUUUGAACCAGAGAGCACCUCCCCGCGUUUGCUAUUAUCAGCUUCAUAGCAGGAAUGACCCACCAACCAACUUCUAAGCCCGAAAAUCUAGCUAAGACUAAGAGCUGGGAUUUUUUUUACACUUUUCAAAGCUCCCCAGAUUGCACAGCGUUGCCACAUGUUUACUUUGAAUAUAAGCAAUUUUCUUCGAAGUGAGUUUAUAAGAAAAAAAUUGCAUAAUUAACUGCCAUAGAAAAAAUGAGCAAAAGUUUAGCAAAACCAAAAUUAAAUGCAGAAAGCAACUACGUAAAUGAAAUUGGAAAACGCAAACUUUGUAAUACAAUUUUCAUUUAGAACCCGUCCUAAAAAUGGAAAACACGCAGAAUCAAACUGAAAAGAGAAAACCAAAAACCAAAAGCAGAAACAACAAUUUUAAGCAAACGAAGAAAACAGUACUGAUUACAAAAUAAAAGUAAAAAUAAUUGUUAGAAGUUAUUUAUAAACAAAGAAAAGAAGAAACCAAAACAAACAACCAAACAACUACAACAUGAUUAAGCAAUAAAUGCAAAAACAAUGCUCCAUUAAAAUUAUCUAAGUAAUUAAAAAAGUAAAGAAACCAAAAACAAAUUAAAACAAAAACACUUAGCAUUAAAUAAAAUAAGUGGCAUAUAAAGAUUUAGGUUCCACACCAGAAGCGACAAACCCAACAAAACCAACUAAAACGCUAACCGUUUAACACAAUGAAAAACAACAACCAAACGACAAUCGAAAAACAAAGCAAAAUGAAAUAAGAUACAAUUUUCUCGAAUUUUAUUCUAAAUAAUUAAUUAGGUGGCAACACGCCAAUUGAGUUCGCGCGCAUUGCUGCAAGCCAAGUUGUAUAUACGCAAACACAUUUAAUCACACACACCCAUAUACAUAAAAUCGUCUAGAACUUCACACACCCACUCACCCGAGCACUCAUGGGUACAGUACAGGCACGUGCAUUAAAAAUGCAGCCAUAUAACAGUGCAUUGCUUUGAAAAGUAAAUAGGAAUGGUUGGAGUUUGGUGAGAGCACUUGAGUGGUGCAAAAAUUAGCAUAGCAUAGCAUAGCAUACUAUUAUAAUGUUGUAAUAGUUAAAUACUUGCGUUGCCAUACUUGUGAUAUUGAGAAAAAGGGAACGAAAAUUUGAUGUGUUAGUAUUAGUAAAUAAUAGAUAAGCGAGAGCUUUUAGGAAUUAUUUGGAGUUACAUAAACUUUUUUUAAUGGAUCAGCAGUUUUGAUUUUCAUUUUGUAAAUACUUUUUUGCACUUUAGCAAAAAGAUCGUAAAAAAAUGCGUCGGUUGCUUAAUUAUCAAAAUUGUCAGCACCUGCAUUUUGAAUGAAGGAUUUCACCUUGAAUUUUUGCACAUUAACACUCAUUAGAAUUUAGCUCUUUUAUUAAUUUUUUCUUAGCUUAGCAUAGAACAGGGCAUGCAGGCCAGCGCCUUAAAUUAUGCUGCGUUUGCCGAAUGCCUGAAAAGGUUUCAACACUGAGUCCUAAUAUUUGCAAGUGCGCACUCUUUUCGAUAUUCUACGUUCCUUCUCUAGGCAAAAAUAUUAGAUAUAAAGAAAAUUAUAUGAAGUUGUUAUUUAAGGGUUGUUUUUUAGUAAGUAGAAAGAAAAAACUUAUAUAGAAAGUUUAGAAAGCGUUGCAUAUUUCUUUGAGUACCUUGAGUGAAAUAAUAAACAUAUAAAAAUAUUAAUUUGUUACUAAAAUAGAGCCUGUUAACUGAAAAUUCCACCUUCCGUUUGCUUUAAAAAAAGUUUUGAAACUGAAAUUUCUGUUCUUUUGAAUUCCUUUAACUCUGUUGGUUGAGAAUUGAUGAGAAAACCACCAAAUAGUAGUGGGAACGUACAAAAAAGACAGGGACAAAAAAUAUAAAGUUUCUGAAAAGCAAAAGUUUCUGAUUUUUCAAAAUGUUACAACUCUUUGGAAUAAAAAAACAGUCUUCAAAUAUUUUAAUGCAUUACCGUUAAAAUUUUAAGCUUUUUAUCUUCCUAUUAGUUUUCAUUCUUUUUCUCAAAUUUAGUGAAUACAAAAUUUCCUAAAUUAAAAAAUGUAUAUUUUGAAUUUCUCGUUUUGUUUUCUGCAAUUUUACUUAACGUAGAAUUUUUGGAAAUAAACAAAAAAUGCCCUUUUAACUCUUUAAAAUUUUACUGAACAACAAAUUUUUCAAAUAACUUUUUUUUUUCGAAACAUACCUUCUUUUCCAAACAUAUAAAGUUCAAAUUGCGAACCAAAAGCAACACAACCAACAAACAUACUUUCAUACCUGCAUACAUACAAACAUACAUACGAUUUAAGUAAUUUAUAAAUAAUCUUAAAACACAAAAAAAUGUGUUACCUGAUUGCAACUAUACUGCGCUUAUUUGUUAAUUUUUUUCAAACGCUUUUACGUAAAGAUAUUUAAGAUAUUAAAAAUUGUUAAUAUUUGUUCACUCAUAUCUAAAUAAGUAUAUGGAAUGCAUAUGCAUUUGUAGAAGCGGUGAUUGUAUAUUUACUUAUUUACCACACUGAAAUAUACAUAUUUGUACAAACGACAAGCAAUUUACACACGGUAUUAACACACCUACAUAAAAUUAUUUGAAAGAAUUGUUUAACUAAUUUUUAGAUUAAAAGAAAACUCAAAAAUAACCAUAAAAUGUUAAUAAAUGUAAAAUGUAGGAAAUUUAUUUCAAAUCAAAAGUCUUAAACAAUUUUAUUAAUUGAAAUGUGUUAAUAAAAAUUGUAAAUUAUUGAAAAAUACAAAUUUUCAACCCGGAAUGCUAGCGAGCUAAGGUAGGCAUAGGGGAAAACUAUUAGCUUCAUAAAAUAUGGUAAUAAACACUAACAAAAAAUAAUAAAUAAAUAAAAUAUAUAGCAUAUUUAUUGAAAAUUACGAUUAUUUAUAAAUAAUAUAAACGCUUAACAAAUUCGUCAACUACGCGCGCAUACGAAAUUAGAAAAUUGCUAGAAUUAAAAAUAAAAGUGAUACAAAAAAAAAGCAAAUUGGAAUAAAUUAAGUGAAGCUUAUAGAGAAUUCUAAUAAAGAAAUUACACGAAUAUUUAUGUAUGUAUAAGCGAAUUGGCAACUUGUUAUUUUAUUUUACUUUUUUUUUUGAAAAUUUUCCUUGCGAAGCCUUACAUUUCGAAAAUAUGCAAAAGCAGACCAAAAAAUGUGCAAUUAAUAAAAAAAAUAUUACUUUUAAAUAUUUAGGAAUUAUUUCAAAAUGAAAAUUGGACAAAACCAUUUAAAAAUAAUAUUGUAAAUAACAGUAAAAAUAGCGGUGAAGGGAAGAAACUAUCAAAAUUCUGUAAAAGAAAACUAAAAAUGCUUGGAAAACUGCUGCAAAAAUGCUUUGGAACUCAGAAAAAUACGAAAUAUGGAAAUCUAAGCUCGCAAUGCCCUGAAAAUGCAAUAAAACAUUCACUAAGAUUGAAAAAUGUAAUACCUAAAGAACAAACAAACGCUUUUAUACGCCAUUUAACACUUAAAAAAUACAAAUUCUUUUUUAACAAAAAAACUAAAAAUAAAAUAUAUCGAAUUUCACUAAACAUUAGCAACCGCAGAGAGAAAAACGAACAAAGUUUACAAAAUAUACAUUGGGAGCGGCCAGGACAAUUUUCUUUGAAUUUUUCGCAAAGUAACAAAGUAGCCAUAACCUAAAAACACUAGAGGGAAAAAUUUCAAAUUUUUGCUAAACACCGCAAAGCUCGCUACACACUCACACUAUAUAAAUAAUAAAGUAAACAAAUAAAUAAAUUAUAAUUAAACAAAUGCAUGUUAAAUGGAAAUGAAAAUAUGGUAAAAAUAAUGGAAAUACAUACAUACAUACAAAUAAAUUAAAAAAUUUAUGAAAACAAUUUUACAACGCAAAAUAAUGCAAUAAAGUAAAGAAAAUAUUAUAAAAACAAAAAACGCAAGCUCCAUUUUAUUUCCUAAAAUCACAAGGAAAACAACAACAACAACUUAAUAGAGCGUACAUACAUACAUACAUACACACCAAGUCGCGCUAUGCCAAAUGAGUAGCAAAAAAUAAGAUAUAAACACCUAUUUAAAAAAUCAAAAAAGAAACUAAGUUUACACAUCAACUUAAACAAAAAAAAAACACACACACAAAUUCGAAAAUUAAAUUUCCGAAACAUCGCUUAGCACUUAAGAAAUUUUUAAGCAGCAGCCAAGUUUGUUUACUUCAAUGCAAGCGCCAGAGCUACUCAAAAAUUUGCUAAGACGACGCAAAUUUGCGAAAAGUAUUAUGUAAAAUGGAAAAAAAACUACAAAAAACACGAUACAGAAAACAGCCAGAAGCUGGCCACUAAGCUGACGCUAAUGUAAAUUCUAAGUGGAAAACUAUACAUUUAAAAACCAAUGAAGAUAUGAGUGCAGAGAAAUAAAUUAUAAAAAAUGUUUUUUAAAAGAAUUCUGAACUUCACUUCAUUAUGGCUGAUGCAAAUGUCUCAUUUACGAUGAAAAGUUACUUCUUUGGAAUUUAUGAAAAAGGUUGAGGUACGAGCGGUAAGUAGUAAU